AAGUCUCCGUGAGGGAAGAGUCAGAUAACGAUCAAAACCAGAGUGAUGAAGGCGACACUGAGACUUCACCAACCAAAUCGCCAACAACACCAAAAUCGGUCAAAAGCAAAAAUUCCUCAGAGUUCCCACUCUUCUCUUAUAAUAAUGGAGUUGUCAUGACCUCCUGCCGCGAGCUGGACAGUAACCGCAGCGCCCUGUCAGCAGCCUCCGCCUUUGCCAUAGCAACCGCAGGCGCCAAUGAGGGGACCCCAAACAAGGAGAAGUACCGGAGGAUGUCCUUGGCUAGCGCAGGCUUUCCCCCCGACCAGAGGAACGGAGACAAGGAGUUCGUGAUCCGCAGAGCGGCCACCAAUCGCGUUCUGAAUGUGCUCCGCCACUGGGUCUCCAAGCACUCUCAGGACUUUGAGACCAACGACGAGCUCAAAUGCAAGGUGAUCAGCUUCCUGGAGGAGGUCAUGCAUGACCCGGAGCUCCUGACCCAGGAGCGGAAGGCUGCGGCCAACAUCAUCAGGACUCUGACCCAGGACGACCCGGGGGACAGCCAGAUCACGCUGGAGGAGCUCACACAGAUGGCUGAAGGCAUGAAGGCCGAGCCCUUUGAAAACCACUCAGCCCUGGAGAUCGCGGAGCAGCUGACCCUGUUGGACCACCUGGUCUUCAAGAAGAUCCCUUAUGAGGAGUUCUUUGGACAAGGAUGGAUGAAACUGGAAAAGAAUGAAAGGACCCCUUAUAUCAUGAAAACCACUAAGCAUUUCAAUGAUAUCAGUAACUUGAUUGCUUCAGAAAUCAUCCACAAUGAGGACAUCAAUGCGAGGGUGAGCGCCAUCGAGAAGUGGGUGGCCGUGGCUGACAUAUGCCGAUGCUUACACAACUACAAUGCUGUUCUGGAGAUCACCUCAUCCAUGAACCGGAGCGCAAUCUUCCGGCUGAAAAAGACAUGGCUCAAAGUCUCUAAGCAGACAAAAGCUUUGAUUGAUAAGCUCCAAAAGCUUGUGUCGUCAGAGGGCAGAUUUAAGAAUCUGAGAGAAGCUCUGAAAAAUUGUGACCCACCCUGUGUCCCUUACCUGGGGAUGUACCUCACUGACCUGGCCUUCAUCGAAGAGGGGACGCCCAACUACACGGAGGACGGCCUGGUCAACUUCUCCAAGAUGAGAAUGAUAUCCCAUAUCAUCCGAGAGAUUCGCCAGUUUCAACAAACUGCCUACAAAAUAGAGCACCAAGCAAAGGUAACGCAAUAUUUACUGGACCAAUCUUUUGUAAUGGACGAAGAAAGUCUCUACAAGUGUUCUCUCCGAAUAGAACCAAAACUCCCCACCUGAAGCUGUACCCAGCCCGCCGCCAUGGACACGUGCUAUAUGAUAUUGUACAUAGUCGUUUGGUUUCUCUGGAUUUUCUUCUUUAGUAUGUGCUUCUCCAAGAGUACAAGUCCGUUCUUGUUCUUAGAUUCCUGUAGAACCAAAAUAUGAAUCUCUGCACCGGUUAGGACUUGGUCCGCGCACCCCAUCCCUCGUUUCCUGCAGUGCCUGUUUCUUUGAAACAACUGUACUCUUAGUCUGUUCUCCCCAGCCCCUCACUCUCCCCCAAAGGGAAAACAGAGUCCGUGCAUACACAAAUCUUUGGCACCAGUUCUGCUUCUGUCCGUCCCCAGCCCAGGCCCAUGGGUUGAGUUGGCCACCCAGCAUCCUCCGGCAUGUUCCAUGUAGCUGUUAUAACAGGGUGGGGGGUAGGGGGGAGGCGGGAGGGGGAACCGUACCCUGAAGUCCAGUCAUCGAUAAAUCUUCCUGCUGACGGUGAUGCCAAUUUCCAAAGCAGCUUUUUCAGCCAAAAUCGCAGGUCUCAAAACUCCGUGUCUCCCAGUGACCUGGAGGGAAAGGAGUCCUGUCCGCUGAGAACCACGCCCUGCGACACUGAGGCCACCACCUCGUUCAGGCACCACGUCGCUCCCGGCUCUGAGAAUAAAACCAGGUAGCAUGACUAGCAGUCUCGAUAACCCUGGACAAGGCCCUGGAACUUCCUGAGGAAAACAGAAUCACAACACAAAGUCGUGUCGACUUCUGCCGACGGCUGCCCAGCGCUCACUGCAAGUCGCGAACACACAAAAAUGUCACUUUUCCUCUUUGAGCCGCCUAACGGUCACUACAAGCUUACGUUGAGAUGCUCCAAGUCUGUAUGCCUUGUGAAAAAUAGUACCACACUGUAGAAUUAGGAAAUCAAUAACCAAGUGUUUUUAUUGCAUAUACUGUAGUCCUGUCUAAAUGCCUUCUAGCAGGAAUAUAGUACUGUAGUGCUUAUUCUGUGAAUAUUACCAUCUAUUUUUUACAUUGUACAGCAUAGAAAACACAGGUUAACUCUGAAGUGGCAGGCAUGCUCCACUCUGACAAACAGACAACUUUUGCUGUAAGCAAUACCUAGGGGUAUGAGAAUUCUAUUUCAAGUCCUACAAUAUUUCAACUUACAGCUUGUUUGGAAAGAAAAAAGAAAUUUCCAUUUUUGUAAAAAUAUAUGUUUCCUGAUUACCUCUUGCUAAUAAAUCUAUUCUAUCUCAGGGU